UGAGUUUCAGCCACGGGCGGGCGGGUCACAUGCUGCUCGGAUGUGAAUGCAAUGAGACAUGUUGGAUUGGCUGGCGCAGUUGGGAAGUGUUUAUCUCCGGCCCGGCCGCUACAACUCGGCUUCUUGAUGUCUCUCUGAACUUUUCUCUCGCCGUCUGUUCGGGAGCUGCCCACUCUCCUCAAGUGACGGAAUGGAAGAGCUCCCGGUCCCGGUUCAGAAACGCCCUCAAUUUCGGCUCGACCUCGGUCCUCUCAAGGAGCCGCUCGGAUUUAUCAAAGUCUUGGAAUGGAUUUUUGCAGUAUUUGCAUUUGCCACAUGUGGUGGUUAUUCAGAAGGGAGCGUGGCUUCUGUUACGUGUAAGCACAGCAAGGCACAGCUCAUCUCUAUCCAGUUCAGUUAUCCUUUCAGGUUGAACAAGAUAUCUUUCCGAGCUUUCACCUGCAAUAAUGCGACUGUCUAUGAUACCCUGUAUCUGAAUGGAGACUUCUCCUCGACUUCUGAAUUUUUUGUUGCUGUUGGAGUGUUUACAUUCCUCUACUGCAUGGCUGCGUUAUUGCUGUACACAGGAUACCAAACCUUCUACCAGCAGAACAAGUGCCUGCCACUCGCUGAUUUUUUUGUGACUGCAUUCUUUGCAUUCUUCUGGCUGGUCUCGUCCUGUGCUUGGGCACAAGGUCUGACUGAUGUUAAGCAUGCUACAAAUCCCACUGCUGUCAUCAGCAGUGUAGCGGCCUGCCAGAAGCAGGAUGUCAUCUGCACUCCUGGUGCUUUGCCCCCUAUGGGUCGUCUGAAUGCAUCUGUGAUAUUCGGCUUCAUGAACGUCAUUUUAUGGUCGGGUAACAGCUGGUUCACAUACAAGGAAACAUCAUGGCACAAGCCAGUAAAGCCACAGGGUGAAGCUGAGCAAGACCACAAAGUGCAAUACUGAUCUAAUCUUGCUCUUCCAACCUUAACCUUGCCUCCAAAGAAACAUCUUGUGCAAAUUAUUGGCUUAGUUUCAGGCAACGUACAAACCUUUCAACACCAAAUCCAUUUGGGGUCAAAUGACUAUUAGAGCAUGGAGUGGGCCAGUAGGGCAUCACUUUGUGCCAUGACUAUCCUAGUUUGUACCACAACCCUUUCUCUUCUUUUUCUCUUUUCUCUUCGGUGCCUAUUAUGCCUCCUGCAUGUAGGGCAGCAAAGAAGGUCCUCCACUCAGUAGUGAUUCCUUCAGUUGCUGUUUCCGUAACAUAUGAGUGUUUUACGAGACAGGGUUGUUAGCCCUGUGCUCAACCUCCAACCUGGAGGACCAGUGGAUCGCUCUUCGUCUCGCCUCUACCCUUCGACCUGUCCAGCAUGGGGGACCCUAACAGGAGACGAAUCUCCCACUGGCAUAGCUCUAGGGGUCGCUGAGACACACAAGCUCCCCGACCACAACAAAGUUGCAAUCCAACGGGGAGCGUUUCUCUUCCCUCCCCCCCUUAACUAAAAAUGAAUCCUUGAACUCUAAACCAUCUCUUCACUUCUCCUGAUAGCUUGCGUAUAGAGUACACUCAUUUAUGUUCGUACGGUGCCAAGUAAUUUGGCUUGUGGUUUUCAUUUAGUAGUUCCACAUGCUGUGCUUUAACUCGUGCUAAAAUGGAGACUUGUUUCAAUGUUAAUGUAUAAGAAAGUUUUGGGACAUGCUCAAGGUCUUGGGGCUUAACAGCGGCUGGCCAGUUCAUGGUUGGUUUCACUUUUACAAAUUGCCAAUGCACACAGCCUUCAUCCUCUCCUCCUCGGGCCCUCUUGUUUAAGAAUGAUGUCAUCCAGACAUACGAAAUGUGAGUGAAAUGGCUCAACAGCACAAAUUAUAGUAAUGCUUGAGCCAUGUCCGUUUGUGACUCGUUCUAACUUUGCUCCCUUCACAGUUCUGGUUUAUAAGGAGUCAGCAUCCUGAUGCACUGCUGAAAGAAACAUAGAAAUAGGUGCAGGAGUCGGCCAUUCGGCCCUUCGAGCCAGCACCGUCAUUCAGUAUGAUCAUGGCUGAUCAUCCAAAAUCAGUACCAUGUUCCUGCUUUCUCCCCAUAUCCCAUGAUUCCAUUAGCCCUAAAAGCUAUAUCCAACUCUCUCUUGAAUACAUCAAUUCAUCUUGAAUACAUCGAUGAUGUUCUAACAUGUAUAACAUUGUCCAUUUCUCAAUGCAAAACGUUCUUUGGACGUUUUUGAGUUUAGCAGUAAGAGGUGCAUGUUGGCAGCAGAGCCUUUAAUGUUAUUUAUCUGUAGCCUUUGUUGGAGCUGUUGAGCCUUGUUAAAACCUGCAUCAUAACAUGUCAAGACUGAGACCAAUCUCAAUACCUCCCAGAUAAAGUUGCACAGAUUCCUAAACAACGCUUUCUGUUUUAUCCACUCAUCCCUUUUGAAUUGUUCUUGAUAUGAUUGGUCAGUAUUAAUGUUCUUUUCCCCCCUCCAGCCACCAGUCAUUUUUAAAUAUCAAUAUCAAGAAUGGAUUAAAACCAUGAUGGUCAAUGCAAUAUAACCUGGCAUUGUGGAUUGCCUAGCUGAACCAUUCUAUUUCUCACAUCAGCCAACUUCCUAGUGUGAAGUGAUGUUGGUGUUAGCUUGGCAGCUGUAAUGUUCCUUCACUAUGUUCCCAUGUUUAGAAAGCGAGAUUUUUUGACUGGGGUAAAAUUUAGUCCGGGUUCUAGAAUUAAUUACAUGUAUUGUAUGAUCUAAACUGGUUAUUGGCAGAUAUGUGGGAAGCAACUGGGGGAAAGCAUUGGCUGAUAGAUGGUGACACCUCUAUUUUGGUUCUAUCUUCCCUCCUUCCAGCAGUGCUUCUGCUAAUUGUUUCUAAUUGUUUUCUAUGAUUGAGAAACCAGUGGACAACUUUUAAUAUCUGGAAGAAUACAAGCUUCUGCUGGGAUAACUAUUACUGAAUGAAGGGGUUGCUUGUGGGCUUGGGAAUAUCUGUUGACACAAAUUUGGGAAUAAAUCCAUUGGGAGUGAGAUGAGGGGAAUCAGCAAAAGGGGAUCUGGUGUACGAAGGGCAGUCGGGGUUAAGCCGAAGGGGGUGUGGGCAUGAGGCUCGGAGCUGUUCACACUUGGGUUAUUCGGUUUCUUGCUUCUGUAUUCACUGCAAUGCUGAUGUUGUGAUCUAUUAGUAACUGUUCUACAAAAGGACAUGCUUUACAAAACAUUUUGAGAUUUUGGAAACUAAUCCAGGCUGUGACUAGCUGUUGCAACUAAUGUUAGUUAGUGCCUUGUCAUAUUCCCACUGAUGUCAUGUGCAUGCAGCUUCCUGUCCCAUCAGUAAACUAAUAAGGUUCGAGGAAAAUGUGACCUUUUCAAAGUGGUUGAAAUUUUGGAAUUGAAAUAAAACUUAAGUGUUGGGGC